UGAUGUCAUACAGACCAAAUAGAGGUGGACCUGGCCCAAGUUCUUCUAUUAAUAUGAAUGGAGGUUAUAAUAUUUUGGAACAACAAAAUGAUGAAAUGGUUGAAGAAUUGUCAAGUAAAGUGUCUCAACUUAAACGAGUUACUAUUGCUAUAGGUGAUGAUGUUCGAGAACAAAAUCGUUUGUUGAAUGAAAUGGACACAAAGUUUGAAACAACAAAAGGACUUCUUGGCUCAACAAUGAAAAAAUUGGGGAUUGUUUCAAAAGCUGGAGGUAGAAAUGUUCUCUGUUACCUUGUACUUUUCUGCUUUUUUGUAUUUCUUGUAAUCUAUUUUUUGAUGCGAUAGUAAAGGAAAAAUGGGAGAAGAGGUUAAAUGAAGUAUAUUAUUUAAUUACUAAAAAAUCCUUUUUUUAAUUAUUUAAACGGGAGACAAAUAUAAAAUUUUUAUUGCUGAAAAUAUUAACGUUAUUAAAAAAUUCAUAUCUUUUUCUAAUAAAAUUAUUUUUUGUAUAAAAAAUGUUAGAAAAAAUAAAAUUCAACAUGAAACAUAUUAAGGGGAUUAAGAGGGAAGAGGCAUCAGGAGAAAAAAAAGUAGGCGGGUCAGGUUUAAAAAAAUUUCUUGGGUCUGGUUCGGGCUGACCAUUCUCUAUAUUCAUAGGAAAAAGUUGGAAAAAAGUGGCCGUAAACGACAAUUC